CAAGAGUAACACAUCAUAAGAUAGAGACAAACAAAAGAUGAAACCACAGACAGUUUUCAUAUGCAUAUUCAUCCUCUCUCUCCUUGCUUUACAUCAGUGCAUGCAGAUAGAUGUUGAAAAAAUAGAGAGUUCGAGCAAGCUCUAUAUUCCAAGGUGUGUCCCUGCCCGAUGUUCAGAAACUUUUUUUAAAAGAAACUGUUGGUGCUGUUUUAAAGAUGAAAAGAUCUGUUGGACAAACCAAAACGAUUGUGAUUCCAGUCCCCGUUGUCCUCCACUCUAAGUUUUAACUGUUUAAAAAAAAAAAUGUACCGCUACGAGACGACUUUAGUUUCGUAAUAAACAAGAUUUCUAC